GCGUGCCAGAGACCUACUCAUCUUUCUCCUACCGGUGUCUGCCAGAGAAUCAUUUUAAAAAAGACUACAGAGCAAGAUUCUGCCAUGGAGGAGGAAACAAGAUUGAUGUACAGCCAGGUCAAAACGUACUGAAAAUCAUCCAGGAUUGUUUCGAAAGUUGUGACAGUGAUCUCACAACAAGGUCUCCAAGUGCUCCCCGUUGCUCAACUCCUGUUGUCAGAAACAAGAACAGGACAUCGAUACAGAGCCAAAGGGCAGGGUUAACUAACUCUGUGAAAAGAGCCUGUAGUUCUGAGGAGCCCUUACUUGCAUCACCACUGAAACCAGUCAGCAGCAGAGACUGGUUACGUGGAUCACCCCUGAAGCCUGCAAUACGUCAUUAUGUCGCUGGUUCUAGAAAAACAAAAUCUCCUGUGUCUAAAAGAGAAACAAAUAGUUUAUUAAAAGAUGUUGAAGCACUAUCCAAAAGUCCUUCGGAUCCUGAGGAUGAUCACGAGUCUCUUGAAUCACCUCUUCUUGUGGAGGAAGCGAAAAGUUCUCCUGUACAUAAGUUACAAUUCGAUGACCAAAAUACUCCUGCUGCAGUAAAGAGCCUGGAAGGACCUCAGACUGGGAGAGAUGAGCAGGUUGUUUGUGUGAAAGGAACAAAACGUAUUGCUACGUCUUCUGUACAGAAAGAGAAGUCUUUCUCUUCGGCUGUCUUGGCAGCUGUAGCAACAGGAACGCUUGGAAAAAGAUAUUCGGCCUCAAUAUCACCGCCAUCACCACCUCCUGUGAAAGAUCAAGAUACAGAAAUAGAAAAUGAAAUUGAAUUUUUAAUUGAUGACUCAGAUGGUGUAUCUUCUAAUUCUUGGUUUUCAAUACCCCGUAAGAACAAAAAAUCAAAACCAGAUGGCUCUGCAACUCCUGUUUCUAAAUCUCAGCCCUCUGAGAAGGAGAAGACAGAGACUAAGAAAGGCAAGAACAGAAAAGGACAGGUUGAAGCACUUACUAAACAGAAAAUGGAUGAUUUGGAUGUUGGAGUACCUGACUUCAGAGGAACAUCAGAGUCUGAUCCAGUUUCCAACAGUGAAGGAGAGGUCCUUAAAUCUCAAAGGCAAAACAGUACUCAUGUGGGAAAGACUAAAAAGGAUGCACUUAAGCAGGGCUCUCCAAACCGGAAAAAGGAGAGGUCCUGGAAACCAGAAGCCGAAGAAGUGAUGUUGUCAUGUUCUGUGUUGGGAACAAAAGCAUCUGAUGCAGGACAACGUAAAGCAAGGCUGCUGCCAAGUGAGGAUUCUCCUGUGCCCUCAGCUGGUCAUCAGCAAGAGCCGUCUGUGUCUUCAAAAAAGAAUCUCAAGUCUUCCAAGUCUCUGCAGUCAGCUUCAAAAGCUUCUUCCCAGCGUUUAGUUCCCACGAAACACACUAAGCAGAAACUUACAGAAGAUACAGUAGCUCAGAAACUGGGAGAAAGUCAGGGGAAGAAGCUUAAAAAAUCUGGCAAGAAAAGUAGUGAUAAAAAACCUCGGUUACAGAGAGAGGAGAGUUCUGACAGCGAGCCUGGUGAAGAGGAGCUCGAAAGAGAGCCUGGAAAACUGAAUGAAGUGUUUGCCUCACCUGUGCGGCACAAAUUCCAGGCGUCUGGGAUUCAGAAGCUGCCUGAGUCUGAAAAGCCCAAAAGUGUGUCGCAGGCUUUGGAGUCGCUCGGUGGUGCAAAUAACAGAACUCCUGUGAAAGCACAACAGCUUCCCCUAGGCAGCGUGAAGAAUUCCGGAAAGGAACAAGUAUCAGCCAAGUCCGCAGGGAAGGUAUCCAAAAAAAGUGAUCGCAGAACCAGCAAAGGUGUUUGCUCAAACCCUGAGGACGCUGAGUCUGAAACGGAUUCCGACAGCUCUUCUGUGCAGAAAGCAGCAAGAAAAAGCCAGAAGUCAUCAGAUGGGAAAACAAAAAGUAGCAAAAGAAAACGUAACGCACAGCAUGGACUACAAGAUUUCUUUGCAGCUGAGAAGGCUACAAGUCAUGAAAGUGGACCUGUUCUAGAACGUGGUGAUAAAUUUAGUUCCAGAAGUAAGUCUUAUGAACAGGAUAAUACAUCUUCAGAUAAUUCUGAAGACUCGGAUUACCAAGAGAGAGAACUGUUGUCAGACUACGUAGCAAGGCAUAAAAUAGUAAUGCCUUCCAACACACCAAAUGUUCGUCGGACAAAAAGGAUACGCAUCAGACCUCUGGAAUAUUGGCGAGGCGAGCGUGUAAACUAUACCAUGAGGCCUUCAGGAGCGCUUGUGAUUAGUGGAAUAGUGUGUCCAGAAACAGAACCUCACAGGAAGAUUAAUCGGAGGAAAGGAGGUCACAAGCAGAAAAGAGAUGAAAGAA